CGCAAAUGACAGCAUCUCCAAUUCCACGAAAACACUUGUCUUGAAUUUAGCUGUAGACUGAGGUGGCCUCUUUAGAGUUCACACUUUCAGCUAUUUAAAAACCGAAGCAGCGCGACUCUCACGUCUCAACAACCCGCCACAACUCCCAAUCAUUCUCAACGCGAUCGCAUCAACUCCGAGAAAUAGCACAACUAGCCCUUUGCUUUGCCCACGAUGCAGCGGCCAACGUAUGGGCAGUCGCCUCCUCUGCACCACCCUGUCCCGCAACACGUCUCGACCGUUCCACAGCUCAGAUCUCCCCCACCGCCUGCGUUACAGCCCCAAUCAUCACAAGGCUAUGACGGCAGCCCCUACCCGCAGCAGCAACAACCUCAGGGCGCGGCCGCGACGGGGACCGUGUUCGGGCAGUAUGGCAAUUUCAUGAGCGACCCGGCGGCGCAGAUCGCGUCGCAGUUUGGACAGACGGCCUUUAAGCAAGGGCAGGAAUAUCUGGAGCACAAUGUGAAUCGCUUCGUCAACGUCUCGGCGCUCAAACACUACUUCAACGUGACCAACUCGUACGUAAUAAACAAGGUCUUCCUAGUGCUGUUCCCGUGGCGGCACAAGCCGUGGUCGCGCAAGCAGGCAGUAGGCCCCAACGGGCAGGAAGGGUGGUACCUGCCGCCGCGCGACGACGUCAACAGCCCGGACAUGUACAUCCCCGCCAUGUCGCUAGUGACGUACAUCUUCCUCCAGACGCUCAUCGCGGGCGUGGGCGGACGGUUCCAGCCCGAGCUGUUUGGUUACGUCGCGACGGUGGCGCUGGCGGUGGUGGUCGCCGAGAUCUUGGGACUCAAGCUCGGCUGCUACCUGCUAAGCAUCUCCAACGAGUCCCAGCUCCUCGACCUGGUGGCGUACUCUGGGUACAAGUUUGUCGGCAUCAUCGUGACCAUCAGCAUCGCCGAGAUCAUGAGCGGCGGCAAGGGCACCGGCGGCUGGGUUGGCUGGACUGUCUUCUUCUACACGUUUCUAGCGAACUCGCUCUUUUUGAUGCGGUCCUUGAAGUACGUCCUGCUUCCCGAGAACAACGGGGACAGUCGUGGUCCGAUGCAGACGAUGCCGACGGGUGACACACGGGCCAAGAGGAAUCAGCGGACGCAGUUUCUCUUUUUCUAUUCCUAUGUCGUGCAAUUUUGUUUGAUGUGGAUUCUAAGCCGGCCGUAGUUCAUGGAGGUUUGCGACUAAGCGCGAAAGGUGAGGUAUCGGCGGUGAGCGAACGAUUUGGCAAAACGCAGAACAGAAAUCACAUGUGUGUCCUGGUAGAGCAUGGUGAAGUAAAUGGAGGCCAGCGCAUUGUAUAACAUGGUUAAUAGGGGUAAAAAAUAGUAAAAUCAUAACAAUAUCGAAAGGUCCCGACUG